AUGAAGGUUCUGGCGACUGUUUUAGCUUCCGUUGCCCUCGGAGCGGCAGUUCGUGCGUCUCAACAUCAAACAACGACGCUUCCUACUAGACAGGCUAGGCAAAAUCCGAAAGGAGGAAGGUCGAAUCAUCAGAAGAAAGCGAGAACUCACGACGAGCGCGCAGGAAAUCGGAUGGAAGGUGAAAACGAGAGGCAGCAGGAACGACACUUUGUUGACACUCCAGCUCAUCUUGACACCCCUGCUCAUCUUGAUACUCCUGGCGAUCUAGAUACUCCGCCACAUCUAGACACCCCUCCUCAUCUCGACUCUCCCAAUGGGCGCCAUGCUUCAGGAAAAUACCAAAAGCGACAUCACAGUCAACCAGACUCUCAAGCGGCAGGAGGAAAAGCUGGUAAAUAUCGCAAAACCGAGAGACAAACUUGGGACUCUCCUGAGACCCCGAUGGACUCGAUGGACUCGCCAGACUAUUUUCACUACGACGAAGCUAGAAGAGACGCGCGAAGAAGAAUCUAUUCGCCAGAGUCACCAGCGGACCCUUGGAGUCCAGAAAGCCCCCGAUCCCCUCAGUCUCCUGACUCGCCAUGGAAAGGAAUCAUAAAGAGAAUCAGCUGCCUUGAACUUGAGCCAGUUCUUUUCUCGUCAAUUUUCGAUCCAUGA